CUUUGCCCAGUUACCCAUCAGUGCAUGUUUCUGUGCUGCAUGUGAUGUUUCCCUAUACAAGCCUUUGUUGACCAUUCCUUAGACAGAAUCUAGCCUGAUCCAGCUUGCGAGGAUUGUCGCAACCACACCGAAUUAGCAUUUGUGAUUCUUGGGCGUCAUCUACCAUGCCGUUUGGCUGUUUUGGACCUGAUGUAUCUGCUUCAAAGCAGGAGAAGGAGCGACUGCAGCUUGAACUUGAUCAAGCGAAGGCAGCUUUAGCUGCGCAACGAAGAGAGGCCGCUGAGCUCAAGAGUCGUCAUGAAGACGCCAUACAACAGCAAAUUAAGCCAGAAGCUCUUAAGGCAGCGGAGGAAAAGGCGGAGUCUCUUCGCCUUGAGGUUGAAAAAUUGACCAAGGACUUGGAAGCUGUUCAGCUGGAGGCAAGCGGAGCCCGCGACCAACUAAAGGUUGCAAAGGACGAGGCUGACAGUACCAAGCAGCAGCUUGAAACCGAGCGUGCUUCAGCACGGCAAACGUUGGAAGAGGUUGAGGCAAAGGCCACAACAGCAGAGGCCAGGGCCACAGCAGCAGAGACCAGGGCCGCAGAAGCAGACAACAGGACCACAGAAGCAGAGGCCAGGGCCACGGCAGCGGAGGCUAAAGUCGAUGCGGCGGAGGCCAGGGCAACAGAAGCAGAGGCCAGGGCCACGGCAGCAGAGGCGAAGGUCGAUGCGGCGGAGGCCAGGGCGACAGAAGCAGAGGCCAGCGUCACGGCAGCAGAGGCGAAGGUCGAUGCGGCGGAGGCCAGGGCGACAGAAGCAGAAGCCAGGGCCACGGCAGCAGAGGCGAAGGUCGAUGCGGCGGAGGCCAGGGCGACAGAAGCAGAGGCCAGGGCCACGGCAGCAGCGGCGAAGGUCGAUGCGGCCGAGUCCAAGGCUGCAGAGUACGCCACACAGGUCCAGGAGGCCAGCACCCGCAUCGACAUUCUGACACGGGACCUUGCAGCUGCCCAUGAUGACGCUGCGACCGCACAUACGGCAGCAGCCGCGGCACAAGAGGAGGCAAAGCGCCUGAACGAGCAGCUUGCCGCCGCACUAGAGCAGCACUCCAAAGCCAUCGCUGAGGCAGAGCUCCGCGCGACAGCAGCAGCGCAAGAGGCUGCUGCCGCCGUUACAGCGGUCGCAUCAGAGCAGACCAAGGAUGCCGCCACAGCCAGCCGGCAGCAGCUCGAGGCGCUCCAGACCGAGCUGGCUGCGUUGCAGGCCCGCCUGCAGGCCGCCGAGAAGGACGCCAAGGAGGGCGCCGCACUCCGCCAGCAGCUCUCGUCCGCCCUGGCCGAGGUCACCUCGCUAAAGGAGCUCCGACGGGACCUCUCGGAGCGGCUCUCCGACUCGCAGGCGGAGCUGGAGAACGCCAACCUGGUGCGACAGAGCCUGGAUCUGGAGCGGCAGCUGCUGGGCGAGCAGCUGGAGCAGCUGGCGGCGGACCGCGGCCGCCUGGAGAUGCAGGUUUCGGAUCUGGAGGCGGACCUGCUGGCCGCAGCCAUAUCCGCGGACAGGCCGCUGCUGGAGGCGGAGGAGGAUGUGAAGGCUCGCGGCAAGGCUGGGAAUGGCGGCGUGCAGCAGCAGACGGCGGAGCAGCUGGAAGCGCUGGGGGUGAAGGCGCUUGCGGCGCAGUUGCUGGCGGCCCGGCAAGAGGCAGUGGACCUUCGGAAGGAGCUGGAGCGGACCAUUGUGGGGCAUGUGGAGGAGGAGGAGAAGUUGCAGGCGGAGAAUGAGGAGCUGAAGGGGACCAUAGAUGAGCUCACGACAGCUGUGGAGGCAGCAGAAGCGAGGAUUAAGGACAUGCAGAUGGCGAUGGUGAGAUUGGCAUUGCUAGUUGCUGGCAUGGACAGGAUCAUCGGCAAUCACUGGUUAAAACAAGGGGAAACCGCUUUGCUCAGGCCUUGCCAUCCCUUCAAGCCAUGGUAUGCCAUGUUUGUACAGAGUGGCGAGGCCGUCCCUCCACCACUACCACCCCCGCGCCUCUUCCUCCCCUCCACCCGCUCGCAGACGCUCAAGGAGCAGCUGAGCGCGCAGCUGGGCAACACGCAGUACGCGCUGGACGAGGCGCGCGGCAUCAUUGAGACGCUGAGGCUGGAGUUGAGGGCGCUGCAGCAGGAGCGCGAGGCGCUUCAGGGCGCUCAGGCGGCUGCCCGUGCGGAGGUGGAGGCGGCGCACCAGCAGCUGCACGAGGCGCAGCGGCGCAACGUGGAGCUCACGGCGGCGGCGGCGGACCGGUCGGUGGAGCUGGCCAGGCUCCGCUCCGAGGUCGCCUCCCACGGCGCACUGUCCGACAGCAACACCGAGAUGACAGCGCGGCUGCUGUCCGACUACCAGGCGCUGCAGGUGGAGGCCUCGCGGCUGCGUGGCGAGCUGCGCAACAAGGACGAGGUGAUGGCGCUGCUGCAGGAGCAGCUCUCCAGCCUCACGGAGAUCGACCUGGACGCCAUGGUCAAGCAGAUCGACAGCGUGCAGCCGCGCAAGCCAGCCAAGAAGCAGAUGCCGGCAGCGGCGCCGCUGGAGGCGAUGAUGGCCGCUGCGGGGCUGAGCAAGGGGGCGGCGGGCGCGGGAGGAAGUGGGGCGGGGCAGGCGUCGCCGGCGAAGUCAUCGUUGGUGAGCAGCAAUGGCGCGGCGGCGGAGGUUGCGAGGGGCUCGGACGCUGCGUGAAGGAGUGCGUAGUAGUCUUUGGGCGCGGUGUGUGCGUGGGGGAUUAAGACAUAAUAAUGUUUCAGUGUUAGGAGCAUGUGUUAGGAGGGUAUGAUGGUGGGUACUAAGGCUGCGCAAUGGGCGUGACCAAGCAUCCAUCCCAGCAGCGAUGGAUGCUGCGCGAGGUUGGUAGAGCCGUGCAUGGUACAUGUGUAGGUCCUUGAUGACUGACUGGGUUGCUGUGUAUUCUAUCGUGCCCCUGGGCAAUAGCACAAGAGGGCCCCGCCGCGCUCGUGCUGGUGCUACAUGUCCCCGUGCCUCGGUGCUACAAGUUGCGCUGGUCAGGAGUGUGGGGCUGGCGUGGCUGUGGCAUACCGGCAGUUCCGUAGGUGCAUGCCUUUCCGGCCUACAUGCAGCUCUUGGCAAGCAGGUUCCCGCUGCGUGGUGCGCGAGAUUGCAUGUGGGGGCACAAAGUACUUGAUCUUGGAGGGCCUGGGUAGGCGCUUGCAGGGGCCUGGAACGCGAAUAGGCCUGGUGUCGGGAAGAGGGUUUGGGUCAUGGGUUCAUAGCUUAUGCUGACAUGUUGCUUACGCUGUAUGCUUGAGAAAUUAACCAUUGAGGGAAGCUCAAAGAGGAAGGCGCGCCUUGGAAGCAUCGCACUUUCUGCACAACGACGCAGGCUUCUUACAUCCCAAUUAUGUUAAUGCUUUCUAGUUAUUACUUGCGCAGCCUCCCCAUGCCCUGACUCUCGCUUUAGAUGUCAAGGAGCAAAAGGGUAUUCAUGAGACUUUCUAAUUCCGGCGGCUGUUGGCGGUCAGAGAAGGCAUGUCGUUUCUUGGUGUCGGUUUUUUUUGCGGUUGAGGACGAGCCUCGCGUGGGACUGGUGGAGUCGUGGCGGCUGUCGGUGACAAGCAUGUAUGGAUCGCGUGACGGGCACAGCCCCGGAUUGGGGGCUGCUCUCGAGUCGCCAUGCCCGCUUUUGAAGGCACUGCUUGCUUGGCUGUAAGUGCAAUGCAGGCGAGUACGGCAGCGUUUAUCGGGAUAGUAUGGCGGCGUUUACGUAGCCUCGCCCUGAGUUACGGGAAACAACUACCGGUACACACAAGCGCUAGCUGUACGGGACCCACGCUGUAACCCGUGAUAGCGGUAGAUUGCUGUGCAAUUAGGCG